UAGCUGAAUUCACCUGUUGCUUCAGAACAGGGAGACGGAGAAAAAAGCAGGAGAACUUCAAAAUCUAAUAACAAAGACUCCCAGCUGCUGAGCUCUUUGGGACUAUAGAGCAAACGCAAAACGUGCGCUUAAUUUCAUGGACAAACUAAAGAAAGUUUUGAGUGGCCAAGAUGGAAACAAUGACGACCUCAACAUAUUGCAGGCAGCGAACGAAGCCUCAACCCUAGGCUGGGGUACACGAGUGAAGGGGUUCAUCGCUUGUUUCGUAAUCGGCGUGAUCUGCUCAGUUAUGGGGGUAUGUUUACUCUGGAUUCCACAUCUCGGGUUGAUUCUGUUCAUCGUCUUUUACACCUUCGGCAAUAUUGCCUCUCUGGCCAGCACCAUGUUUCUGCUGGGACCCCUGAAACAACUGAAGAGGAUGUGUGAUAAGACCCGGGCCCUGGCCACUAUCAUCAUGCUGUUGUGCCUUGCCCUGACUCUCUGUGCUGCCUUUUGGUGGAAGAACUUUGGUCUUGCUUUGCUGUUUUGCAUCUUACAAUUCUUGGCAUUUGCUUGGUAUGGCCUGUCCUACAUUCCAUUUGCAAGAGAUGCGAUUCUGAAGUUGUUUACCCUCUGCAUAAAGUGAAGACCUGUGCUUCCAUGACAAGCGGAGUCCUCUGCCCCCUUGUCCAGUCUGGGUCUCUCCACAUCCCUGUCAUUUCUUUUAGGCCCUUGAGGAGAACCAAAAUGGAUGCCACACCAACUUGUCUCCGCCUCCUAGCAAAACGGCAUCAAUAUCAUGUUUUUCUGUCAUGAAUACUGUAUGAAAACAUGCACAAAUGAAAAAAAAGAGAUGCCUUACACAGGAUAAAUUGUUUAGUAGGUAUUUUGUACCAUUUCUUGUAGUAGUUUGACCACACUAGCUGAAAGGAGAGAUGGGGCUUUGGUUUGAGUUUGGAUUUAAUUUUCUGUCAGACUUCAGCUGUAACCAGCUGGUGAGUGCAUACAUAGUGUCCUUAACUCUUACUGGACUGUGCUUUUUAUCUACAUACUGUACUUUUUAGUACCUGCAGACUGAAGCUAUCUGUGUCUUACAUGGAGAUUACGCAAAGAACUAUUGAAGGACCAUCGUUUCAUGUAUAUAUGAUUGUAUAAUGCAUUUUGGGUGAGUUAGUAUGUGUGUGUUUUAUUUUCUUUGCCUACUCCUAAAGUAAUGAUCAAACAAAUUUAAUGCAAGGAAAAUGGCAGAUUGUUGUAGAUAACGGUGUAGGGUUUUAAAAGCUUUGGUCAUAGUUUUGGUGAUUUUAUAUACUUCAGCCAUCUGAUUAGGCAUAGCAAAAUACUGCUUUCAAGUUUAUGCAACUUUCUAUUUGAAAUAAAUAGUAUAUUGAUCGUGAAGUCACAAUGGUGAUUGUGACACAUGUUUUAGUGUUACAGCUGAAAGGAAAACAUGUGCAGUUAUUGUCUACAGAGGGGAAACAUGCCUAAAACAUACUUGCUGAAGACCUAACACUAUGCUGUACAUACCUCAGUCUGAAAGGGGACCUAACAUUGUUUUUCUAUAGAAAUGUCCAGCCUCAAAUGCAUUGUAACUUAAGAUAUAGGGCUAUAUGAGUGUAUACAGGGGAUCUCUCUUGUAACUAUUUCAAUUUUAUUUUAUGUUGUGAAAGGUCAUUGUAAAAUGCAUUGGAAAGUGAACCCUAGAGAAAGUGUCCAGCUUGCUGUAUCAAGUAUUUACCAAGGGAAUACUAUUCUGGUGGAUGUCUGCUUGUUUUGGCCUGUCAAAUGCUUUCUCUGUGUUUCAGCAUCUCCUAGAUUAAAGCGCAAGUGCUUUCUGAAUGAGAUGCACAGAGGUGUACUUUCUGCUCUUAAAUUUAACAUGCUAGACAGCUGUAAUUCUGUGAACUUGAAACCAUAAUGUCUUUGUUACAUGCUUGAUUCUUGUGACUGUGUGCAUUCCAAUGUGACUGCAUUGUUCUGUUUCCUGAAGCUGACUAUGUGUCCUUAUUCUGCUGUGGGGAGCAGCACUGAUGCUGUUCUGUCUCUGAUCAUGUCCCCCUUGCUGUGCUGUAGCAGGAAUUCUGCUCCAGUCUCUCUAGUUUAGAGUGACCUUGUAAGAAUACUGAUUUUUGCACAAUGUAUUUAAUGUGUCUGUGACCUCCAGAUUUGCAGUUCCCCCCCGACAUGAGUGAGAUGAGGGAGUAAUAUUUUUUCAUGAAAUUUUUUCAUUCUGAGUUUGAGCUACGUUUUUAAAUUUUUUGAAUUAUUGAUUAGUAAUUUAUCUCACCGCUAUUGUUUAUCCACUUGGACACAACAAGCUGCCGUGUAGGUUCUGUUUUUCCCCUCAACAGACAGCAGCAUAUCAAAUCCAUUUUUCCUCAUUAAAGCCCAGAUGGAUGCUUACCACUAUGCAGGUCUUAAUUCUCUGUAACACAUUUUAAGCUAGUGUUACUUUUCUCAGUUUUGACACAUUUUAAUUCAUUUCCGUAACCACCAUGUCAGAAACAAACAAAAAACUUAGACAAAUUGCAUCACAGUUAGAUUGAAUCUAUUUUACUGUGCAGUUACAAAGCUUUUUCUGUUCAAGUUUUAUUGAAUAUGUAAGCAAUUUAGCUGUAUAUCCCCUCAUACCUGUUUGUUGCUAAAGAUACUUACAAUUACUGUUUGCUCUUACUAAGUACUAAGUACUAUUUACUUUCUCUUGUCAGUGUUGUUGGUUGUACCAGCAGAGAAUGUGACACCUGUACUUAAACUGCUUUAAGCGAGCUGAAUGUAUCAAGUACAAAAUCUGCCAUUUCUUCAGUGUCAAUAUAUGCUUGCUGUGCAGUAAUUGCUACUUUUGUCACUUCCUUUAUUUUGCUUCUGGAGCUUGUAGCAGAAUGUUUAUUUUAUAGAAUGAUUUGAUGAAUGCAACACUACUGUUACUAUGAGAAAUGGUGGUUGGUGUUUUCAAAAAUGUGCUAGUAUUCAUUUAAUUUGUUUUAUUUGUAAAACAACUUUAUAACUUUCUAACUGUCAGCUUUUGUACAGGGGAGGGGCUUGUAUGUCAUUUUAUAUAAAAAUCUUAAAUGGAAAAUCUUGGAAUGGAUCUUAAAUGAGAUGACCAAGAGGCAAAUAAGUGCAAAUAACAUGGGACCGACUUUUAUACUGCAUUGAGCACAAUACUGUUCUGAGUUACAUCAUAAUGUUCCUGACAUUCUCUCUGUUCUGAUGUAUGUUGGAAUUUAUGUGCUAUUUUUCAGGCUGUGUGUAAAGUGUGAAGUCCAGUAGAGAGGCUGAUGUUUUGUUUCAUUUUUAUGUGUACAUCAAUACAAAUCAAAUGCUUACUGUAAGGCUGUUAACAUUUAAUUUUAUGGAAGCACACCUUGUUACCUUGCAAUUAAACAUAAUGGCAACAGACAUGUAAAGAACGUCCCUAAGGGGGACAUCAUGUGACAUGAAAAUGCUAUUUUCAUCUGUUCCAAUGUCUACUACUUGAAUAAAUGUACUGUGUUUUUUGAUCACUGAUCA